AUGGCAAAUCCUCUGGCACCGAGGCCGUUGCCUUCGGUUCUCCUCUUCUCCCUGGUGCCCAUCGCCAGCUGGUUUAUUGUACGGCCACUCAUCGAACCAAUACCUGCUUUGCCGGCUUUGCAUGUCUCACUUGGAUUGUCCAUCUUUGCACUACUGUUAACUCUCUAUCUGGUUCCUGCCUUGGGUCCGACAUUCAUCCAAGCCAAUCUGAAAGGAAAAGAUCUGCUGAAGACAUAUUAUAAUCCUAUUCUCGGACUCGUCUGUGCCUCGAUAUACAUCCUCCUGCUCAUCAUCUUCAUUCCAUUCGCAUUCUCCUCGAUCUCGCUGACCCAGUCGCAUACGCAAUUCACCGUCCACGAGGGCAUUAUAAUCAAUGAGUUCCCACACUACCAGUUAUCCGUCUACCUCUCAUCGCUCCUGUCCCUCCUCAUAUCGACCCUUCUAGGCUUCCUCGACGAUGUAUUCGAUAUCCGGUGGAGACACAAGCUCCCCAUUCCGAUCAUCGCCUCUAUACCUCUUCUCAUGGUCUACUAUGCUGAGCAAGGUAACACUCACGUAGUCGUACCAUUACCUUUGCGUCCCUUCUUUGGUACACUGGUCAACCUCGGUCCAAUCUAUUAUCUCUACAUGUCCCUUCUCUCUACCUUCUCCACUAAUAGCAUCAAUAUCCUCGCUGGCAUCAACGGCUCUGAGGUCUCUCAAGCUCUCGUGAUAGCGCUCUCCGUAGUUCUCAACGAUCUUUUGUAUCUCCCGUGGCCUGUCGGGUUUCGCAUCCCCCUACACCUUCUUGGAUCUCCGACCGAGGUUGAGGUCGGUGGUGUAUGGAGUGCGGGGAUGGCAUACGGAAGCAAGGAACUUGUCGAGCGACAUCUAUUCAGUUUAUAUUUCAUGCUGCCUUUGGUAGGUGUAUGCCUCGGGUUUCUGUAUCAUAACUGGUAUCCCGCACGAGCGUUCCCCGGAGACACCCUAUGCUAUGUGACUGGCAUGGCCUUUUCAGUCGUUGGUAUCCAAGCGCACUUCUCGAAAACGCUCCUCCUUUUCUUCCUUCCCCAAAUCUUCAACUUUCUCCUUUCCUGUCCGCAACUAUUUGGACUCGUCCCGUGCCCUCGACACCGUGUGCCUCGGUUCGAUCCGAAUGCCAACCUGCUAUAUCCGUCAAAAGUGCAAUUCCUGCAGCGGCCUUCGAAAUUGACCGCGCUCACUCUGCGCACGCUGUCGACGCUUCGGCUUACAGAGCUCACGAUCCACCCAGACACAGGACACAUACUCGAAGCGACGAACUUGACCAUUCUCAACUUUCUGCUGUUGAAAUUAGGCCCCAUGCAAGAGAAGAGACUCACACAGACGCUCAUCGCGCAACAGGUGGCAGGCAGCGUCGUUGCGUUCACCGUUCGAUACGGUCUCGCGAACUUGGUGUACGAUGGCGACCGUCGGUAG